ACCUCCUACGAAACCAUUAGCAUCGUAGCAAACCAUGCUCUAUGCUUCUGGAUAACUACUCUGCCAUGCAAACGACGACGACGUCGCCGUACGAAGGAGCUGCGAGCAAUCGAGCGUCGACGAGGUGAUUACCAAAAUGUCAAACUAUCGGGAUUUUUUGCAUACUGCAUUCUGAAGUGUCGUCGGUGAAGUGUCCUGCGUCCGCGAGUUGGGGUGCCAUGAUUGUGCGGUGUGUAAAAAUCCUUCUGGCCGUGGUGCUGAGUUUGACUUUUACCAUUUCCCUGGCCAAGCUGGUGCUGUGCGUGUGGAGUGAGUGGUUCAUAGAAAAUUCGGCCGAUUACGAGAUCCUGCACGGGUAUCCGCCGCUUCGUCGGGGCGGUAGCCGCUCCAGCAGCCUCGUCGACGAAUGGCUGGAGCAGAGUCAAUUAGGCAAAUACAGACAGCUCUUCCGUGACAGAGGAAUUUCGUCCCUGUCCAGUUGCGGUGACCCAGAUCGUCUUCCGGAACUGCCACCCGGUGACGAACAGCGCCUUCAAAGGGCUGCCCUCAACCUGCAGCAGAAGCUAAUUCUGCGAGAAUGGCUCAAGGAGCACCGGCUGCAGCAUUAUUACUCCAGAUUGGUCGCCAUCGAGGUCACAUCGCUCGAGGACGUCUACUGGCUCGAGGAUUCACGAGCCAGCCAAAUAUUGGGCAAAGAUUGGCAAAUCUGGUCCCAGGCGCGGCAAAAACUCCCGACGUCCAAAUCCAAUCUGGAGGCGCUGAAAGCCGAUCUCUGGUCAACUGUGGUCAAAUCCAGCCAACAUCAGGACGCAUGGACAUGGGGUGGAAUGUUGGUGGUCUCCGUGUCGGUUGCUGGCCUGGUAACCCUGGCGGCCAUGACGCAACCCUCGUUGGCACCGGAAGCCCGACAUUCCUUGCUACAGUACGUAACCGGGAAGUAUUUGCUACCGGCCAACUGCAAAGUCCACUGGGACUGGCAAGACCCAGCCAUCGUCGGUGGGACAAUGUGCUUUACGGUGCGAUUCCACCAACGGAAUGGUCAAGCCUACCCUAUCUGUGAUACAGACCAGUUCUUCGUGGAAGUAACCGAAGGGACCCGCAAGAUCAUCACCAUCAGCGAACUUGGAUCGCCGACCGAUCCAAACAAUGCCAACAUUGCCAAGGUAAAGUUCACCGUCCGAACAGCCGGGCAGUACAAAAUCUCGGUACUAAUCGGAUCGAGUCACAUCGCCGGCAGUCCGUUCCUGAAAACCUUCAUUCCUGGUCCAAUGGACGCGAGACGAUCACGACUGAUCAGACCGGCCAGUACCGUAGUCUGCUGCGCCGGGGCACCAACAUUCCUGCACAUCGAGCCACGUGAUGAGCACGGCAACACAUGCCAGUUUACGCCCGAAUGCGAUCCUAUCAAAGGCUACAAAAUUGAUAUAUUCGAUCUUAAUGGUAAGCAUAACGAUAAGUACUGCAACGCAAUCACACUUUCCUACGAUAAGGUCAACUCAAGAAUCAGCCUCACUGCGUUAUUCCCGGAGCCCGUAUGUCUACGGGCGAUUAUCAGCUACGAAACUCUCCCAAUUCCGAACGGAGAAUUUGAUAUCAUCGUUCUUAGCAGUAGUGACACAACGCUGGUGCAUAAAAAUAUUGCUUCUAGGAAGCACAACAUUUGCUACGAGGCUAAACUGUUUGGCAUUUUUGGUCAACAACGAUGGAGCAAGCCAAGGAAGGUGCUCUGCUACGUUGGACCGAAGCAGGUCACCAUCAAGGAGAUGAUCCUCAAAAUCAUUCCCAAACGGAUCGCUACUUUCCGGUUGUGUCCUUCGACAAAGUUCCACUUCCUACCGCCGUCCAACCUACAGGUGAACAACAAUCAUGGAGCAAUUUUCAUCAUCGACGACGGUUGUCAGCCAAAAAUUGAACUGGCCUCCAAAGAGCGGAACGUGAUCGCGGCCACCUUUACGCACUUUCUGCUCAAGAACAUCGGUGGCUCGGAGACCUUCAAGGACAAGCAAGAUUUUUUCUACCAUGAAGUGAGACUCGUCCGUAAGUUUCAUUCCAAUUACUAUCACGAGAAAAUUUCGGUUAAGGUGCAACGGGACAAAAUCCUCGAAUCCAGCAUGAAAGCAACGAAGAAUUUCUCCGUAUCGGACUGGUGUGGAAACUUUGAAGUUACGUUCCAGGGCGAACAAGGCAUUGAUUGGGGUGGGCUUCGACGAGAAUGGUUCGAGCUCAUCUGCAGUGCCCUGUUUGAUCCUCGCGGUGGACUGUUCUGUACAUUCCAUGACAAAAGACAAGCGCUCGUUCACCCGAAUCCUAAUCGGCCACCACAUCUCAAAUUGAAACAUUUCGAGUUUGCCGGAAAGGUGGUCGGCAAGUGUCUGUAUGAGAGUGCUCUCGGGGGAACAUAUCGGCAACUAGUUCGAGCGAGAUUUUCCCGUUCGUUCCUUGCUCAGUUGAUUGGCCUGCGGGUGCACUACAAAUAUUUCGAACAAGACGAUCCCGAUUUGUACUUGUCCAAGAUAAAGUACAUCCUGGAUACGGAUUUGGAUACCAGUGAGAAUCUCGAACUAUACUUUGUCGAGGAGAUAUACGACACGAGUGGUCAGUUGGUGAAAACCGUUGAACUCAUUCCGAAUGGGGCCAAAACAAGGGUCACGAAUGCGACCAAAAACCAAUAUCUGGAUGCCUUGGCACAGCAACGACUGUGCAACAACGUGCGCGAGGAGAUUGACAGCUUCCUGAAGGGUUUGAAUGGAGUGAUACCAGAUAACUUGUUGAGCAUAUUUGAUGAAAAUGAAUUGGAGCUAUUGUUAUGUGGAACCGGUGAAUACUCAAUUGCUGAUUUCCGAGCGAAUCACAUAGUGAACGGUGGAUCGCCAGAGUUCCGUAGAGUACUUGGGUGGUUUUGGGCAGCAGUAGGCAACUUUUCGCAAACGGAAAUGGCACGAUUGUUGCAGUUCACGACCGGGUGCUCACAGUUGCCUCCGGGAGGUUUUCAGGAACUCAAUCCUCGAUUCCAGAUUACUGCAGCUCCAACGUUUGGAAAUUUGCCAACUGCUCACACAUGUUUCAACCAACUCUGCCUACCGGACUACGAGAGCUACGAACAGUUUGAGCGAGCUCUGAUGUUUGCCAUCAGCGAGGGCACCGAAGGCUUCGGAAUGGUUUAGGUCGCGGGGGAUGCCGAAAAGGACGCCCCGUCUUGAGUGAGCCAGAAAUCUCAACAAGAACACACAAACAGCACAAAACAAACAACCUUAAUCUAUGUAUUAGAGUAGUUCUCUAGCUGACCAAGAAAUGAAUAAGUCAAUUCUAUGAAUUUUACCACUUUUUUCGGGAAAAGCAAAUUCUUAAACAUUUGAUGAGAAUCUUAAUAAUAAUCUUAGUGAGAAUGAGUGAAUGCAAUGUAAAUCGUAAAAUCAGUUUACCUUUCCAGAUACCAACAACAAAACGUUCCGAAUCCCGUAGCCAGUUAUAUAGCUUUGCAGUUCAUAAUGAAAUUUAGAAUAGCAUAACUAGGAAAUCCCGCUUUCAUUUUUACCUAGGCAAAGACUCUCUUCAGCUCAUUACAUAAUCGUUAGGAUGAGUGUGGCAGAUUUCUCUUUACAAGUGCCAAAAUAUCCGAAGCGGAAGCAAAUGUAGGCAGACUUAGUUCUUUGGAAAUAAAUUUCUAGCGUUUGUGCCAAAUCAGUUGGAACCGAAGCUAAUCUAAAUGAGAGUCGCCUCGAUAUUUUAGCCUAUCCCAUUAUCUCUACUUUCAAUUGAAGAACCUAGAAAUAGUUUUGAAGCAUUCGAGCAUUUGGAACGGUUAUUAGUACGACGAAGACACAAACCAUAUUGAGCGAUCUCAUUCAAAUUUGGACAACGCGCCUUAAAACAUAUAGGAAUUUACAAAUUCGAGAACAUUUGAUAUCAUGUGAAAUUAAGUCACGUUCAAAGAAUAUACAUAUAAGCGGGCAAACCAAGAAAAGAAAAUAUGUGAUUAGUAGAUGAAUAAGCGUUCAAUUCCUCUCUCACAUCAUGCAAAUCAAUCACACUCGAAACGUAUCAGAACCAGUUUUUAUUGUUUGACAUUCCAUAAUAAAAAAAAUGUUCUAUUUGCAUAUUAGUAAUUAGAAGAAUCCGAACAAAUAUAUUAUUCAGGUUCUGUGAUACUUCAGAAUAAAAACCAAAUGUUUAGCUCUUAAUGCAAUACGUGGCCGUAUCGUUCGCAAGAAGACCAAAAAACCGGGCUUCAAGCCACCCAAACCGAAUAAUAAUUAGAAAUACAACUCAACCAAAUCGUAUUUCCGAUAAUUACUUUAGACCGAUUAGGAAGCUUUAAUGAAAAAAAACUCCAACCUUGUAUUUUCCAAUAUUAGGAGAAAAUUAUUGUUUAGUUUAAGCAAUAUAACUUUUUCCGAUGAACAGUCGACGACAUUUAUCCAAUAGGCAUCCCAGUAAUAAUAAUUCCUCAUUAAGUAGACCAAAGUUCAAGUCGA